AUGCGGGCUGUCGGUGCCCCGUGCUGGCGGCUGCUGCUGGCGCUGCUGGCCGUGCACCGGGCUGCAGGCAGCGCGGAGCUCGGUGCUCGGGAGGUUCCGGGGUGUGCAGCACGGGAGCAGUGGCAUCACCUCCGGGGCAGGCAGGGACGCGUCCCUGAGGCUGCCCCCACCACCCUGCCGUGCCCCCCAGGCGCCCGGCCCUGCAGCCCCAAGUACUUCGGCUACGAUGCCAUGGUCUGCGUCUGCAACUCCACGUACUGCGACACGCUGGACCCGCUGGUCCUGCCGGCCCCCGGCUCCUUCGUCAAGUACGAGAGCAGCAAGGCCGGCAAGCGGCUGGAGCGGAGCGAGGGGAAGUUCCAGCGCAGACUCUGCCCCUCAGAUGUUGUCCUCACGCUGGACACGACGCAGCGCUUCCAGAGGGUGAAGGGUUUUGGUGGCUCCAUCACCGACGCGGCCGCCAUCAACAUCUUAUCCCUGCCCGAAAGAGCACAGGAUCACCUGCUGCGCUCCUACUUCUCUGAGGAGGGGCUGGAGUACAACCUCAUCCGGCUCCCCAUGGCCAGCUGCGACUUCUCCCUCCAUGCCUACACCUACGACGAUGUCCCCUACGACUUCGAGCUCGCCCACUUCAGCCUGCGGGACGAGGACACCAAGCUGAAGAUCCCCCUCCUUCACCGAGCCUCGGCCAUGAGCAAGCGGCCGCUGUCGCUGUAUGCCAGCCCCUGGACCUCCCCGACGUGGCUGAAGACCAGCGAGUCCUACGUGGGGAAGGGGACGCUGAAGGGGCAGGCAGGGGACAAGUACCACAAGACCUGGGCCAACUACUUUGUACGAUUCCUGGAUGAAUACGCCAAGCACAAUGUGACCUUCUGGGCGGUGACAGCGGAGAACGAGCCCACGGCUGGGCUGAUCAACAACUACCCCUUCCAGUGCUUGGGUUUCACAGCUGAGCAGCAGCGGGACUUCAUCGCUCGGGACCUGGGCCCGGCGCUGGCCAACAGCUCCCACCGCCACGUCCAGCUCAUCAUCCUGGAUGACAACCGGCUCCACCUCCCGCACUGGGCCAGAGUGGUGCUGGAGGACGAGGGGGCAGCUCGCUACGUCCACGGCAUCGGCAUCCACUGGUACCUGGACUUCAUCGGUCCCAUCCAGGACACGGUGUUGCCCACUCAUGAGCUCUUCCCUGAUUACUUUAUCCUGGCCACGGAGGCGUGCAUUGGGGCCCAUUUCUGGGAGCGGGAUGUGAUUCUGGGCUGCUGGGAGCGGGGGAACCAGUAUAGCCACAGCAUCCUGACGAAUCUGAACCACUAUGUGGCCGGCUGGACUGACUGGAAUCUGGCUCUGGAUCUGGAGGGGGGCCCUAACUGGGUCAAGAACUACGUGGACAGCCCCAUCAUCGUGGACAGCAGUGAAGGCAUCUUCUACAAACAGCCCAUGUUCUACCACAUGGGCCACUUCAGUAAAUUCAUCCCUGAGGGCUCCCAGCGCGUGGGGCUCGUCGCCUCCAGAGAGUCCAAGAAGACAGCGCUGGAGUACACGGCUUUCCUGCGCCCCGACGGGGCUGUGGUUGUGGUGGUUCUGAACCGGUCCCCACAGGACAUCACCUUUGGGCUGGCGGACACCGUGGGCCUGGUGGCGGCCGUGGCUCCGGCCAACUCCAUCCAGACCUACCUGUGGCAGCGGCCGUGACGGGGCCGGACGCAGCUGGGCCGGACGCGCAGCCCCCGCCGCCCGCGGGCUCGGGCCGGGGGAAGCGUCCCCGGGGCCGUGGCAGAGCCAGACCGGCCCGGCCGGGGAUGCUGUGCGUGUGCAGGAGGGCCGGGGGCAGCGGUGCCCCUCAGGGUGGAGACCCCACCGGCUGUGGACGCUGUGUGCUGCUCUUCUGACAUUAAACACGGGUGCUGCCUUGAUGUCUGCGGCUGGAAGAGAAA